AGUAAUUCAACUGCCGGAUGAUUUGACUAGAGUUUAGUGACAUUUCACUGGCCGUACAAUGCUUUGCAAGAUAUGGACGUUUUUAAUUCUGAUAUACGAGGAAUAAUACUUACUAAUAUGCCAGUAACAAACAGAUUUCUCGUACUCAUGGACACGUUUCUCACCUUUCCUAUGUUGAUUGCCUCCUGCUUUCAAGACCAAUUCCAAUUUACUGCUAUGAUAUUAGUACUGAUGUUUAGAGGUUCCGAAGUAGGAUUCUAGAAUUUAUUGUACCACACUGCCAACAAGAAUAAGCUCUUAACAUCCGAAUGCUAUUAUAAACCAUGUGGCGACCCUUUCUUUCUAAAGCCAUGAAUGUUUAGAAGACGUGCAUGUGUUUGGGUGAGACCAAAUGCCCUGGUACGGCCGAGAGUGGGAAGAGUCCGCUCUCCCUCUCGAAAUGCUCUCACAUGACCACGCGUAUAUAGCCUAUGCCAGGGAAUUCCUACUCACUGCCUUCUCGUGGCGGGGGUGUUGAUUACGAAAAUGAGAGGACGAAAAGCGAAUGUCCGGCGCUCUAACCCGAUCCCAAACCGAUGGUGCACAUGGGCUCCAGUACCCUGCGGGAACAAAUGGCGUAUGAACCAAUUUUUGGUCACUGGCUAUCAUGGGACUGCAUCUCCUUAUGAUGCUCCACUGCCUUGUGGAUCAGACCUUUAGGUCAAAGGCUCGGGGAGUGGCCCCCUAAGAGAACCACCUGCUUCUGUGUGGGCACCCGGGCAGCAUCACAGCCCUCACACAUAUCAAAUGAGAUUUAUGUGGCGCACAUGUGUUUGGUGCCUUCUUGUACCAAUAUCUAUGUGUUAAAAUAAUAAAUAAAUGAAUAAUAAUUUAUGGACGACCUUUGAGCGGCGUUAAAGUGACAUUGAGAAUCCCCACCAACUUACUGGAGCCAAAUGGGGAUUAUGAAGCAGUUUGAAAAAUAAGGAUUAUGAUUUACAAUUGAUGGUUGGGGCUAGGAAUUAGAUUUAUGGUUUUCAUCAUGAACUGACAUCAGCUAAAAUGCCAAAAAUCUAUUUAGCUAAACGGAUUAAUGAUUUUCACGCCGAAAUCCAAGACCUAUCAUCCUAAAUCUGAUUGGUUCGUCCAUAGAUUAUAGUCUCGCCGUUUUCUUCUUGUUGACCCGCAAAUGUGGGAAUAGCUUCAAUUUGUAGAUCAAAAAGUAUUACGUACAUAGUCGUGCCGAAACAAAAAAUCGAAUUUUUUCAGGAUAAUAAAUCGAAGGUGUCUUCUCUAUCUCAUGUUAACUUGUCGUCGAUAACAGUUGUACUGUAAAAAGUCAGUCUGGAAACCAAUUUUGUUUGUGAGAUACAAAAUGUAAAGAUUGGUAUAGAUUCUUUGUGGGCUAAUAACACCAGCUCAGCAAUAGUUGAAAUACAUAUUGGUUAGGAUUGUGCGCGAUGAUCGAGAGGAUUAGUAGUUAAUAGAACAGAAAAUGUAGCAAAGGUAUUGUUAAAAAUAGUCUACAGUUAUUUGAAAUCAUAAAACAAAUUUGAUCUAAGAAAUUGACAGUGAUAUUAGAAAAAUAACUUUACUCUCAUACCUUACUUUUUUCUGUUGUGCUUAAGGUCGUUUUUGUCUUAUAUAUUAGACGAAGCAACUGUACUGGACCUUUUUAGUGGACCAACAUAUCAUGUUCACCGCUAGACUUAUGUAUCAUGAAUUUGAUCCAGUGUAAGAUCGUAAAUAUUCAUUUCUUCUUAGCUCGAAAACUAGUAAGAAACAGUUUUUCAGAAUGCUCUGAUUUUAAUAGUCCCUCCAUCAGUUUAUGACAACAGAUAAGUCCCCUUUAAAAUAAACUUGGAUUUCCAUAACCCAAUCUAACUUGAAUAAUAUUUGCUUAGUUACUUUUCUUUAAACUGAACUAAUUCUUUAGUAGUUUUGUUUACAAAUUAUGGUUCGGUUUUUUCCUCAUGUGAUUUUUGUAGGAUCAAGCUACUAACUAUAUCAAAUAUCAUGAUAUUGGUAUAAAUCUUCAUGAAAGAUUAUACAAAUUUCUGGUCGAUUUUGCCAAGCUACAAAAGGAAGCAUUUAUUGCACAAAAGCGAUUAUGUGAAAAACAUUUGUCUGAUGCACAGAAAUAUUUUGGUGUUUCUAAUAGCUAUGUUUCAUUUUUUAAUGAACUUGUUCAAAUUGUUCAGCAUAUCGUAGAUGCUGAAAACUUAAUUUCAUGCUCCUUCGAAAUACACGCUGGUAGCGAAGGUAAAUCGAUUAUUGAAGAUGAAAGAAGACAAUUGAAACGAUGGAAAAAUGAAAGAUCGAAAUUAUCAAAUGAACUAAAAUCUCAAACACGUAUUAUCGAUGAUGAAAUUAAACGAUAUCGAGAUAAAUAUCGUGAUAUGAUCAAGGCUAAAGAAGACUAUGAACGCAUCAACGCUGAUCAGAGUCAUUCACAAUUUGAUGUCGAAAAGGCUUUAAAUUAUGCACGAUUGAAAGAGAUUGAUUUUGAGAGAGCACGAAAAGAUUAUUCUGCUGCUUUGAACCAAUUUAAUUUAUACCGUCAAGAUUAUUACUUUCGUUGUUUACCAUCAUGGGCACAAGUUGGCAAAAGUUUAGAAGUUGAAAGAUAUGCACGUACCCAAUCUUUAAUCAAUAUAUUAUAUGAACGGUUACGAGUGGCAAUUGAUCGUAUGAACAAUGUAUGCGAUGAAUUCAAAUCAGUGUGUACACAUCUUAAUUCAGAUCAAGAUUCUAAAGAAAUUAUAGAAUAUUUACAAAGUAAUAAUCCACCGCCUGGGGAUAUUGCUUUUGUGGAUCUAUAUUCAUCUGCAGUGAAUAAUAGUACUAUACCAUCAACCGUUAAACAGUCAACAUAUGCAAAACCACAAAGAACUAAUUCAAGUGAACCAAUUUAUUCAUCGGGUAGUGUUGUUCUUCCAUCGAAUUUUCACUGUUCCGUAUGGGCAGCAGAUAAUGCAGCAUUGGAAUCGAGUAAACAAUGUGGUGGUAACAAUAAUAAUGAUAAUAAUAAUUAUGUACCAUCAUCUUCCACUUCCAUUGGAGACUCAAUCUAUGGUGAAUCCGCUUCCAUAUACUCUGCAUCUUAUGCUUCAACAACAUCAACUAAUGGUUUACACAAUGGUGGAGUCGGCGUUGGUAGUAACUGUAGCCGUCGUCCAAGUGUUAGUGAUAAUUAUAGUGCGUCAAAUCUACGCAAUCCUUCUAUGCCUAUAAAUGGUGCAGGGUUUUUGCGGAGAAUUUUUUCACGACGUAGUAGGAGCGUUGUGAAUUUAAAAACAGUAGCGGAUUUAUGCGAACCAGCUCGAACCAAACAUCAGAAAGCAAAUAAUCAAGUCACGUGUCUGUUUGACUCGAAAAGGAGAGCAACUCAUAAUUCUAGAAUUACUGGUAGUAUUAAUAGGUUAAGGGACAAUGCUAUUACAGAUCCUAGUGAUUUCUCUGACUCGAAUUCUGAAUUAGGAAAUAAUGGUCAUGGAAAUGACAAAAUAACUAUCAACAAUAACACUUAUAUACGACAAUUUAGAAUUCAUCCAACCACUGACAGUGAUAAUGUAGCCUAUGCAUCAACAUCUGUCCUAAAUGGAGUACCUCAGUCUGUGGCAUCGUCAUGUCAAUCUCCUGAUGCUUCCAGCUGUAGUGCGGUUGCUGCUGUUCUUCCUGUUACGACGAUAACAACAACAACAACUCAUACUCCUUCACCAUCUCUUCAUUCUCGUUCUGACUCUCAAGCGAAAGGCUUAUCGUCUGUUCAUGAAAGGUCUUCCAUCCCUCUUUAUUAUCUUACUACAUCAGGAAAGUCAAUGGAAAAUGGUGGUUCAUCUAAACAAUUAUUAAAACAGGAUAAAUUAUUUACUGCUCCUUUAGCUGAACCAGAAACUGGUUCUAUUGUAACUCCAGUUGAAUCAUCUUCACAGUCAGCGUUAACCUCAUCACGCAGUCAACUACCUGAACCAUUGAAUGGUCAAAUGCCUACUUUAAAACAAAAUUCAUUCACUAAUAGAUCUACAAUUAAUAAUAAUGAUGAUUAUAGUAAAUGUUCAACAAUAAAUGGAGAUUCUCACCAUAUUAAUUUAAAGUCUAAUCACAAUAGUAACACAAUCUAUUCUCAAAUGAAUUCAUCUUAUAAUCAUUUCGAAUUAAAAAAUUCUGAUCAAGUUUUAUAUGAUCAUAAUAAAAAUCUCUUAAAAAAACAUGAACAGCAAGGACUUUGGUACUCACAACUACAAAAGUGUCAACAACAGGACCAGUCAUUACGUCAUCACCUUAAACACGAACAACAAGUGACUGAAGGCAUAGUCGAUAAUAUUGAUUCCACUUGUUCAAUAUCCUCUAGUUCUUAUCACAAACAAGAUGAUGAUGAUAAUAAUAAUAAUAGACAGUCAAAAGAAUCACAGAUCGUUGCUAUUGGUGAUUGCAAUGCCUUGUAUCCAUUUACAGGCGAUGGUUUUGAAUCGUGUUACUUAGCAUUUGAGGCUGAUGAGCAAUUUUAUAUUUUGGCAACUGAUCCAACGGAAGAUACUACUGACUGGCUUCAUGUAUGUCGUAAACAGCGGAUACAUGAAAUUGGUUAUGUUCCUACAGCAUAUGUUCAAAAAAAUCUUUAUUUUCAACCAGUUUUAUUGCCGAAAUCAGAAUAUGUACAGCUGCAAGAUUCGGAUUCAUCAUCAACUACCACUAGAACAGCUACUUCUACUACACCGACGUUGAAAAAAUCUGUGAAUACAACACAAACAUCUGCGAGAAGUCCAGUAAAUAGUGUCCACAGUAAUAAAAGUAAUUAUUCUGGUAUGUUGAUGAUGAACAGAAAUUUCAGAGGUACUUCUCCUUAUGUUCGUUUAAGUGGAGUUUCACGAGAUACUGACUUAUGAUGAAAUAAAGAAACUUGAUGAAUUCAUUUUUCCCUUGUUUAUGCCUUAUUAUUAUUACCAUGUUAAUUUUUUUAUACAUAACGAACGUAUGCUCAUGGGUAUACUUUUUUUAAACAAUGAACCAUAUCAUUUUCACUAUUCACUUCUAUAAACAAUUUCCAAUUAGUAUUAUUUUGUUUCUUAUCUGUAUCUUUAAAAUACGAUGAUCGGCAGUAUUACACCAUCCUCCAGUCUCCCUAUUUGUACAUAUGGAUAUAUACAAUCACUUUUUGUUAUAUGUUACACUGAUGCCUUAAUUUUUCGAGAGAAAUCAUUAUCAUUUCUUUAUCCUUAUGUGUUUUUUCCACACUAUUUAUGCAGUAAAUUAGGUUUCUCUCUUAGCAGAUUUCUUAUACACCAUUUACACUUGCAAGCUGUAUCACAUACACACACAAACACAUAAGACAAACAUUUAUUUGAUAGUUUCCAUUGUACUACCUACUUUUUUCAUUCGAAAUUAUUUUAGAUGAUAUAAAAAGGAAUUUCAUUUUAUCCAAUAUUAAAACUUCCACUAGUGAAUAUACUACGACACACUGAUAAACUGUCUUUAUUACUUUUGUCAGUUGACUUCUAUGAUUAUACAGUAAUUGAGAUAAUCUGUUUUCAUUGUUAGUUUAAUCCAGUGUUUUUUUCUAAUCAAACUUGUAGGCGACAUUUCACCUCUUCUAUAUAACAUUUUGCCUUAUUGUGGAUAGUAUACAUGUCGUACUAUGUCAAACACUGUCUUGUUUAGUCUGGAAAUAAUAAUGAUUUGGUGUCUAUUACUGAUUUCUUAUGUAUGUAGAGUCGGAUAGUAUUGAUUAUUCAAAUAUCUCUGCUCUUC